AUGAAAUCUUUGAGUAGUGUAGGACUUGGUCUUAGUAUUGUUUUUGGUUGUCUUUUAUUGGCUUUAGUAGCUGAAGUUUACUACUUGUUAUGGUGGAAGAAAAAGAUAAUCCAUAGAGAGAUUGAAAAUGACUAUGGAAAUGGAAACCCUUUGAAAGAGCUUUUCUAUAUGUUUUGUUGGAAAAGGCCAUCGUCAUCAAGUUCUAUGAGACACACAGGUUUUACUCCACCAGAGCUUUGUUCUUCAAUGAGAACAAAUGGCAAUUUUGUCCAUGACCCUCAAGUACAAACCAGCAAAGAGUUUCUAUUCAAGCCCUACGGCGAAGAUUCCGUCGAAGCAGAAUACAUGAUGCAACAUCAUCUUCACGACGACGGCAUUUUAAGUCAUCCGAGAAUUUUGUUCACAAUAGUUGAAGAAUCGAAAGAGGAUUUGGAAUCUGAAGAUAGUAAAUCCAGAUGCGAAAACAAAAAUGGAAAGGAUUCAAGAAGCUUAGGUGAUUUGUUAGAUGUGGAAACACCAUAUUUGACACCGAUUUCAUCUCCACAUUUUUUCACUCCUACUUUCACUCCUAACAUCAAUAUUAGUCCCUAUAAUCAACAUGGAUUCAACCCUCUUUUUGAAUCAACAACCGAUGCAGAGUUCAAUAGAUUAAAGUCAUCCCCUCCUCCGAAAUUCAAGUUCUUACAAGAAGCAGAAGAGAAGCUUAGAAGAAAAAUGCAAGAUGAUAACAACAAUAACAACAACAACAACAACAACAAGGGUUUUAACGGAAGCGAAGUUGACGAUUCUCUCAUUACAAUAGUUGUUGACAAGAAUUACGAAAGAGAGGUUAAUCAUCAAAUUCAUCCACAACAGUACCAUUCAAGCACAUCGCAGGUACUUCCCUUAGCCUCUUGA